AUGGCGCUGAGCCACGAGAGCCGCCGGCGCGUGCUCCUCUUCCCGGCCGGCGGCCUCCUGGGCAUGGACGAGCCGCGCGCGCGGGAGCGGCUCGACGAGCGCGCGCGGCUCUCGGCGUCCGAGCGGCGCAAGCCGCCGCGCGAGGACGAGGCGGCGGCGCUGUCGCUGCUCAUGCAGGACGAGGGCACGCUCAUCACGGAGCAGGGCUCCCUCGAGACGCCGGGGGGCGCGUCCGGGCUCCGGUCGGCGUCGCGGCCCGUCCAGGGCUCGCUGCUCCGCGCGCUGCGCCGCUACGAGAACGUCGACCGCGCCGCGGAUCCGUCGCGGGCGGCCCUGCGGCGCGACGCGCAGGUCGCGUGGAUGGCCGCGGACGCGCGCGCGGCCGAGGCCGCGUGCGCGGACGCGCGCGUCGCCAACGACGCGCGGCGGAAGCGCCUCGCGUGGGAGCAGUGGGAGCGCGAGCGGCCGAAGCUCGUCUGCGAGCCGCUGCCCCUGGGGCUGCGGCUCCGGGGCGCCUACGAGGAGGCGGGCGACGCGGCGGACGCCGCGCCCGCGCCCGCGCCCGUCGCCGAGGCCGCGGGCGCGCCGCCGUCGGCGCUCGAGGCGGAGGCGCGGCGCCGCGAGGAGGCGCGCGAGUUCUUCGCGGGCACGGUGGGGCGCCUGCGCUUCUUCAUGGCCUACAAGGACGCCAAGGAGGUCGCGGACAAGGUCGACGACGAGUCCUUCGUCCGCGACGCGGGCGGCGGCGACCCCGUCUGGAUCGCGCGCGACUUCUGCCGGGAGGUGCUGCGGCGCGGCGCGACGCCGACGCCCGCGCUGCUCAAGCAGACGGCCGACGGGACGCUGGACCUGCGGAACUGCGGCCUCAGCGACGGCGUCGCGCACGCGACGGCGCUCGUGCUCCCGCGCCUCGGCCACGUCCGGGCCCUCGACGUGUCCGACAACAUGCUCGGCGACCACGCCAUCGCCGCCGUCGUCCACGGCGUCGCCGCGAGCCCCCAGAUCCGGUCCCUGGACCUGUCGCGGAACAAGGUCGGCGACUACGCGGCGUCGAGCGUCAAGGAGCUCCUCGGCUCGGACCACGGGCUCAAGGUCCUCAAGCUCAGCGACGCCGACGUCGACGACGGCGAGUGCGCCGAGCUGACCAAGGCGCUCGCGGGCAACGCGUCGCUCGUCGAGCUCGACCUGAGCCGGAACUCGCUCGGCGCGACGGAGUCGAAGAAUUUGGUGGACCCGGACACGGUCACGGGCCCGGAGGCCAUCGCCGAGGCGCUCACGGGCGCGAAGCUCGCGCUCGGCGUGCUCGACCUCUCCUGGAACAUGAUCCGCGACGACUCGGCGACGGCGCUCGCGGAGGCCGUCGCGGGCCUCGGGUCGCUCCGCGAGCUGCGGCUCGCCUACAACUGCUUCGGCGACUACCCGACGCAGGUCCUCGGCAAGUCGCUCAUGAAGAACGCGACGCUGCGGGCGCUGGACCUGAGCUACAACUCCGUCGCGCCGUCGGCCGCGCUCGUCAUGGCCGCGACGGUCAAGGUCAACGCCGCGCUCGAGUACCUCAACCUCGACGGGAACCCCAUCGGCAAGAACGGCGCCCGGAGCCUCAUGUCGGCGCUCCAGAUGCGAGGCGGGAGCGGCGCGGAGCCGAGGGAGCUCGUCCUGUCCAUGCGGCAGUGCGACACGACCGUGGAGAACAAGAAGCUCUUCGACAGCAACGAGCCCGGCGGCGAGUACCGCCUCGACCUCGCGAAGCCCUACGACGCCAUGGUCGCGCGGGAGCUGCUGGGCAUCGCGACGCUCCGGGACCACGCGUCCUUCGCGGAGCUGCGCUACUACCCGGCGGGCGUCGCGCCGCCGGAGAAGGAGCCCGAGCCCGCGGAGGGCGAGGAGCGGCCCGCGGCGGCGAGCGACGGGCCCAAGAUCGGGCCCGGCGGGCGCGAGAUCAAGCUCCACCGGUCGGCGUCGGUGGACGCGGCGGCGACGCAGCGGGCGGCGACGAUGCUGAGCCCGCCGAACCGCCGCGCGCCGCCGCCGAAGUGGGCGGCCGUGCUCGCGCACGCGAUGCGGGGCCGCGUCGUCCGCGACGACCUCGCGGCCGUCUUCGCCUGGCUCGGCUUCAAGCUCGGCGAGGGCGACCUCCAGUUCGCGCUCGACAAGCUCAACGAGAUCCUGCGCGACGGGCCCGCGCGCGCGGCCGUCACGUCCACGGCGGCCUUCCUCAAGUGCCUCUGGGCGGCCGUGUUCCGCGUCGCGGACACGGACGCGUCGGGCUGCAUCUCGCGCCAGGAGCUCGUGCACCUCGUCGAGGUCAUCCUGCUCACGCCGUGCCCCGAGGACGUCGUCGACCGCGUCAUGCGCGAGUACGACGCGGACGACUCGGGCGUCAUCGAGGAGGAGGAGUUCGGCCUCCUCGCGUCCGCGACGUUCAUCGUGCCCGAGGCGACGCACAAGGCGCCCCUCGUCGACGCGUCGGACCGGGCCUGGCAACCGCCCGACGACGGCACGCUCGACGUCGUCUUCCAGUGCCAGCCGGGCGCCGCGUCCGCGGACGAGACGGGCUCCGACGACGGCGUCGCGGGGCUCCUGCGGCUCCUGCGGGGCGCGGACUCGGAGCAGGAGCGCACGGUCAUCUUCGACGUCGCGACGUCGCAGACGGAGCUCUACCUGACGGGCGAGCAGGCGCGGUCCGUCUUCGACGCCGCGCACUGCGAGCGGAGCGCCGUCGAGAAGGUCGCCAUGCUCCUCCCGCAGGUCGCGUCGGCGGCCGACGCCUGCAGCUUCCUCGAGACGACGCUGAGCGGGAAGCAGCGGGGCCAGCUCCGGGACCGCCUCGGCCCGGCGUUCGGCGCGCUCACGGGCAACCCGACGGGCCACUACUGCCUCGACUUCCGGCGCGCGCUGGACCGCCUCGCCGCGACGAAGCUCGCGGGCCUCGCGAACGCGCACAAGGCCGCGGGCGUCAAGGCGAAGCGCGCGGACACGAGCCAGCACGCGAACUUCUUCAACUUCCGCAACGAGCGGCUCAACGGCGAGCCCCUCAAGCUCACGCCGGGCUGGUUCACGCACCUCGACGGCAAGGACAAGGAGGGCACGCUGCGCUUCGACUUCGUGAGCACGGAGCGGCCCCCGUCGACGGCGGCGCCCAUCUCGCGGCGCCGCUACGUCGGCCUGCUCCAGGCCGCGGGGCUCGAGGCGGAGGACGCGAACAAGGAGUUCAAGCGCGCGACGUUCAAGGCCCAGACCGUCGCGGCGCUCGCCGGCGCCGUCGCGGGGCGCUUCUUCGUCGCGACGCCGCCGGCGGCGCCGGAGCCCGCCGCCGCGCCGGAGCCCGAGCCCGAGCCGGACGCCGACGCGGCGGCCGACGCGCCGGAGCCGCCGCCGCCCCUCGAGCUCGAGGCCGCGACGCCGUCGCGGCCGACGUCCGCGCAGCCCUGGCUCCCGCGGGCCGGCGCGCCCGCAGGCGCCCCCGCGGGCGCGCCGGGCGCCGCGCCCGCGCCCGCGGGCGCCGCGCCCGCGUCCGCGCCCGGCGCGGCGCCCGGCGCGGCCCCGGGCGCGGCGCCCGCGUCCGCGCCCGAGGGCGAGGCGCCGUCCGCGGAGGACGACGAGGCGCGGCGCCGCGCGGAGGAGGACGCCGCCGAGGCCGCGCGCGUGGCGCAGCAGAAGCGGUACGAGGCGGACAAGGCCGAGGCCGCGCGCGCCGCGGCCGAGGCGCUCGAGGAGGAGGAGCAGCGCAAGGCCGAGGAGGAGAAGCGGAAGCCCAAGGACCCCUACGGCGCGCCCAUCCUCGAGAAGGAGGUCGACGCCUGCGCGACGCACUGGCGCGAGACCUACGCGUCGUCGAGGGACUACAUCACGCCGUCGCUCUACAGCGAGGCCUACGAGAUCGCGGCGCGCGCGGGCGGCAAGGUCUCGGACCUCGCCGACGACGGCGCGGACGAGGCCGAGGCCGAGGCGAACCCCGAGGAGAAGAAGGAGGAGAAGAAGGAGAAGGGCAAGAAGAAGGGCAAGAAGAAGGGCAAGAAGGGCGACGACGACGACGGCCCCGCGCCGGGGAGCCGGCCGCAGACGCCCGCCGCGGGCGCGGACCAGAAGGAGAAGAAGGAGAUGGAGCUGAACCCGUCGCCGGAGUACCGCGAGGCCUGGAACCGGCUGCGCCUGCUCCAGGCGAACCUGGGCAAGCGCUUCUUCAGCGUCGACCAGGUCCGGGACCUCGUCGCGCGGUUCCCGCGGAACGCGCAGCAGCUCCGCGUGGAGGUGCUCAUGGCCGUCUUCGGGCGCGUCGUCGACCUCGACAACUUCUACACGGUCGUCGACGAGCUCGACGAGGAGGAGAUCGACGAGCUCGUCUUCCGCCUGGGCUACAUGAACGUCUACAACCCCGUCUUCGCGGACCGCAUGUACAAGCUCUGCCUCAAGGUCCCCGACGAGCGGCAGAUGGCCAUCGUCCUCGUGCGCCUCGCCAUCGUCGAGCCGGGCGAGAACUGGGUCGACGAGAAGUUCCGGCGCAAGGAGUCGCUCCAGUGGUCGCCGGGCUGGCAGCUGCCCGCGGAGUGGGAGGAGGAGGUCGUCCACUACGGCCUCAUGGAGUGCCGCUACUGCUCCACGGGCAAGGGCUGCAAGGCCGACCCGGCGGAGCGGCGCAAGCUCAAGAACAUGUUCCUCUGCGCGGGGGAGCGGUCCCUCGACGAGUAA